AUGUCGGGUAUAUUGGAAGAAGUUGGAACUCCUUGUCCCCCUGGGCUUCGUCCCUCAAGAAGCAGCCGUGGAAGCAACGCGUUUGACAGCCUUUGGGGAGAUACCUUGAGCUAUGCCGACGAAACAGCCAACCUCGACUUCACCACCCAGAUCAAACAAUCCACGCUGAUUGGAGUCAAGCCACGACGAAGGACAAAGACGGGAACAUCCUUCGCAAUCCAUGAUGACAACGAAGGCAAACCUACAGAGGCGAUGCAGAAGCGGAAAAGAGAGAACACAGUCACAGCGACAGCUCCAGGCCGCAAGUCCUCCUUGCUGGCGCAGCCUGCGCAAAGAUUUCGUCCGAAAGUGAGCUUCGCAUCAAGCCCAGCACCCAAAUUAUCGAGCCAGAAAGAAGGACUCGCGCACAAGAGACAGAGCAUAGAUUCAAACACAGAGACGAACAGGUCGCUUUUGAUGCAGAUCAACGGCGGAGAUGGAAGCAGACAUAGGGAUCUGCUCAAGCGGGAUGUGCGUCGCAACACGGUUUUCAUUCCACCAGAGGAUACUACGGUGGCCAGUGUUUUCAUGGACAUGUUUAGCCCACUCAAAUCUGAUGACGCCACUUAUAACAUCCAAGAGGAUACAGAGAUCAAUAGCUUGGAGGCACAGAUUGUGAAGAAACGACAAGCAAAGAAAGCAAUGAACUCAGGCCGAAAGACACCACUACAAGCAAGUGUGAAAAUUAGACAAGAAAACGCCAUCAGAGUUGAUAUUGCUGGAAAGAACACUGGGAAGGAGAACGUACCUCCAGGAACAGUCCUCUUCGAUUCGAAGGACAAAGGUCUUCAGAAUGAGAUGGGAGAUAAACCAAGGACGAAUCCGAUAAAGGAUCAAGGAUAUGGAGCUCAUCAUUCUCCGGAGCUUAUAUAUAAACUGACAGCGAAACCAAUCCAGACAAGGCAAAAACCAGUGCUGGGCGAGAAGUGGAAUAACGCCAACGCACCCGUGGUCAAUGUCAACGCCAGAGUGAGCGACAUGGCCAAAACUCGGUCACGGCUUGAAAGUUCAGGUUUAUCUAUGCUGAAAUCGGUGACCCCUGCCAAAUUGCUCGAGCAGUCUGGGGGAUACAAACACGCUGUUUCGCGUUCGAAAGCACAGAUCGCCCUGAACGAACAUCCGCUCAUCACGGAAGAUAUCACCAAUCCCGCAAUGUACGAGGACAAUUGGCUUACACACCAGGAGGUGGUUAUAACUCAAAUGUUCAACGGCUUGUUUGACCAUAUGGGUGACAAUGCGAAAUAUGACGACCCUGAGAUCUUGAGACAUGAGCUUCUCCGGCUCUACCAGAGCGAUUCGCUCAUGCAGCUGCACAAGCGAAUCCAGGCGUCAUUGUCUUAUGGCUCUAUGAGCAUCCCCAAAGAUGUUUUGACGCACACUAGGCGACUAAGGCAGGAUUUAGGCUUGAAGCGGAAGUUUUUGGAUAUCUGGUUGGAGACAUACGACGCUCAAGCUUUGAAAGCAGCAAUCGAAGCUAUCACUGGCAGGAAAAUUGUUAGUAGUCCAAAGCCAUUGGGUGAGGAUUCUCGGUGCUCCUUGGAUAAAGCAACUGCAGACACCGGGAAGAUGCUCAGAAAGAAAUUGGAACGGUUUCUGGAUGUUUUUUUGGUGCAGAACAAGGACAUGGACCGAGAUGUCCAGAAUAACACCGAUGGAGACUCACAUGUGGCGGUUCAGGCAUAUCGUCGGACUGUCCUGCGUAGCAUCAUGCUUGUCGUUCUUUUGGAUCAGGCAAGAUGCUGCCCAGGAACGAUGCUCCCUGGCCGACUAUUUCUGACCAAUUCACCGUUCAAAUCUUCUGCCGCAGUGAUGCAGGGACUGGCCCGCCUUCUCCUACCAGCAUCGGGGGAUAUCAUGAAAUCACUUGGGCAUUUGGGCUGCCACCUAUUCUAUGAGCAGCAUCGAUUGCAAGAGUACGAGUAUCAGAUGGGGAAUCUUGCGGUUGAUCUUCGAGACGGUGUGAGGUUGACAAGGAUUGUGGAGCUUCUUCUCUACCCAUCUCAAGCGGGGUCCGAGAAGCGACUGGCCUCGCCAGACGGGAGCGGGCCAUGGCCACUAUCCCGACGUUUGAAAUUCCCUUGUUUGGGCCGUGCGGUGAAGCUAUUCAAUGUACAGGUCGCUCUGGAUGCAUUGGCUGCGACCGAGGAUGUUGCAACGCUCAUCAGCAAUAUACAUGCGGAAGACAUUGUCAAUGGGCAUCGUGAGAAGACCAUUGCGCUGCUAUGGGGACUGGUCAGCAGAUGGGGAUUGUCAGAGCUUGUGGAAUGGGAUGAUGUGAAGAAGGAGAUUGAGAGACUGAGGCAGAAGGCAAUCUCUCGAUUUGGAUAUGAGCAUCUGCACGAACUAUAUCGCCUCAAGGGGGAGAUUUCAGGACCUUCGGCGGAAGGCAGCGACGAAGCAACUCUACUACUCACGCAGUGGGUAUCCGUUUUGGCCCACCUGGACGGCCUCCGCUUUGAGAGUUUCAGCACAGGCCUUGCGAACGGCAAAAUUUACGAGAGUAUUGUGAAUGAGUAUGAGGGCUACAUUCUGAGCAAGCCAGAAGAAGAGAGUACCAGCUCCACGAAUGGAAAAUCGGCCUCGUUGGCAUCCCGUCUUCAGGCGUUGGGCUGCAGCUCUCAGUUCGCAAACCUCUUAUCUCCCAAGGCUUCGAGCAGGACACACAUUCUCGGAAAUGACUUCACAGUUGGAGCACUGGCGUUCCUCUGCUCCCGACUGCUCUCCGCUAGUAAACGAGCUCGGGCCGCGAUAGUCCUCCAGAAUGCAUGGAGACGCGUCCUCGGUCAUCGGGAAGCCCAGCGGCGGGCAGUGGCAAGGCACCUGGCGGUUCAAUGUGCAGCUGUAGUACAGACACAAGAUCGACUGCUUUGGGCCCAAGCGGUUAUCGUGCAGUGGUGGAGGACAGUCAAAGCGAGGAGGCAGCGACGUGACCGGCGGCGUGUCCAAACAGCAAAACGAGAUCUUCAACGUGGUACUGGGAAGGAUGGCAGGACGCGCGUUUAA